CUGCGAACAAUCGAGCCGAAGAUGAUGCGCCAGGUGACAAACACUGACUUCUGCAUGAGUAGCAGGCCUUCAUGCCUCGCAGAAGAUGGCCACCACCCCGCCGCCCACUUUGACCUGUGCACCUCACAGUCCAACAAGUUCUACCCUCCGCCCCCUCCAACGUCCCUCCAGAUGACACUGGCUCCCAUGGCGUUACCCACCCAGAGCCACAAGCCCAUGGUGUGUCAGAGACAGGACGUUCUCGGGGGGGACCUGCGCACGCCCGGGAAAAUACCAGGCAUGAAAGGCACCGAGCAGGUCCCCGACGAUGCAAAGAAAAAAAGCAAGGGCGUCGGGAAGUCGGGCAGAAGGGGGCGGCCUUUGGGAACCACCAAGCUAGCUGGAUACAGAACCAGCACCGGGCGACCGCUGGGCACGACCAGAGCCGCCGGGUUCAAGACCAGUCCAGGGAGGCCACUGGGCACAACCAGGGCCGCAGGAUACAAAGUCAGCCCUGGACGGCCACCUGGCAGCAUUAAAGGACUUUCUCGGCUCAACAAACUAGCUUACAGUAGCACCUGCAGUGGAGCAGCUUUCCCCUAUCCACUGCCACAUAAAGACAUCCUCUGUGAACCUCCCUGCAAAGAGAAGACGACUAAUGAGUAA